UCGGCCUGCUGGCCUGGUGGUCUUAUCUUAGGAGGAGUACGCGAAGAAUUCGCGUCUGUAAUACGACACCAACAAGCCUGCAGACCCUCUUAGAUCGCCAAACAAAGGCGGGGCGCCGACAAUAUUUGCCCAGAGUGCAGUGGACCAACAACUGCAUUUAAACUCAAACAGAAGCUCGGAAAAAAAGUGUUUCAAAGUCGAAUUUCAGGGUUUACUGAACCUUCCCUAACGAAUCAAGAGCGAGAGAGUGAGUGAGAGAUUGACGAGAGAAAUGGUUCAACAAUUCUCGCCCUGGAAGGUUCUUACCCGCCGCAAAAACCUUCAAGCCGAUGGCAGUGAAGGAGAAACGAAACUAAAUCGCGUCUUGGGACUAUGGGAUCUAACGGCCCUGGGCGUUGGAUCGACCUUGGGAGCAGGGGUCUAUGUGCUGGCCGGACAGAUAGCCAAGGAUCAGGCGGGUCCCUCGGUGAUGAUAUCGUUUGCCAUCGCAGCAUUGGCUUCUCUGCUGGCUGGAGUUUGCUAUGCGGAAUUUGGCGCCAGAGUUCCAAAGGCAGGAUCGGCCUAUGUCUAUAGUUAUGUCUGUAUUGGGGAAUUUGUGGCUUUUGUCAUUGGCUGGAAUCUGAUUUUGGAAUAUGUCAUUGGCACAGCGAGUGUUUGUAGGGGUAUUAGCCUGUACCUGGACUCCUUGCUAAAUGACACCUUGAAGAACACUUUUGCCGAAGUGGCUCCCAUGAAUGUUAGUUUUCUGGGUAGUUACUUUGACUUUUUGGCCUUUGGCUUAGUUGUGGUUUUUGGAGUUGCACUUGCCUUUGGUGUGGAGACAUCGACAAUGGCAAACAAUUUUGUGACCUGUCUGAAUAUAUUUAUUCUGGGAUUCGUCAUAAUUGCUGGCGCAAUAAAAGCUGACUUCUCCAACUGGACGGUGGAUCCCAGUACUAUUAGUGCGAAUGCCACCAUCGGUUCGGGUGGCUUCUUCCCCUUUGGUUUUGAGGGCACACUCCGUGGAGCUGCCACCUGCUUCUUUGGCUUCGUGGGCUUCGAUUGCAUUGCCACAACAGGAGAGGAGGUUCGAAAUCCUCGUAAAAAUAUUCCAAAAUCCAUACUGCUAUCCCUGUUGAUAAUCUUCCUGUGCUAUUUCGGAGUGUCCACUGUACUAACACUGAUGCUGCCGUACUACCUUCAAGAUGCCAAUGCCCCACUGCCAUAUGCCUUCGAAUAUGUGGGUUGGCCCGUGGCCAUGUGGAUAGUGACUAUUGGUGGUUUAGUUGGUCUAAUGGCGAGUCUUUUUGGAGCGCUAUUCCCAUUGCCCAGAGUGAUGUACUCAAUGGCCCAGGAUGGUCUUUUGUUUAAAUUUCUGGGGAAAGUGAGUCCGAGAUUCCGAGUACCAGUCACUGGCUCCAUCGUAUCGGCUCUUUUCACGGCCGCAAUUGCUGGUCUCUUCGAUUUGGCCCAAUUGGUCAGUCUGCUAUCCAUUGGCACUUUGCUGGCCUAUAGUGUGGUGGCCAUAUCGAUAAUGCUACUGCGAUAUAUGGACUAUUGCGAGGUGGAGGAGAAUCCAGGACAAAGGGAAGUCAGAGCCUCGGAGACCACCUCUUUGACCUCGAGCUCUGAGCGCUUCACUUGGGGUUCCGUUUGUACGCAACUUUUUAAUGUUCAUCGUUUAAGAGAGCCAAAUGCGAUUUCCUCCCGGAUUGUAGGAGUGUUGGCUACAUUGUUUUGUCUGAUUUCCUUGGGAAUAGGAGUGCUGAUAAUGCAGGCUCAUCAUUUGAUUGCCUCGAAAGAAGUCUGGGCCUUGACUCUUCUAGCCAUCUUAGUCGUGUUAAUGUUCCUGGAUAUCCUCUUGAUUUGCCUCCAACCCAGAGAAGCUCGUCGCCGACUCUUCCGAGUGCCUUUUGUACCGAUUGUUCCUGCCAUCAGUAUCUUCAUCAAUAUAUAUCUAAUGCUCCAGUUGGAUAGUUGGACAUGGAUACGUUUCGGGGUCUGGAUGAUUGUGGGUAUACCCGUAUUCCUUGCAUGCUGGUAUCUAUACGAUUGCAAGAAUCCGCAGAAGAGAAAUCCCGAAAGGUGGGCCUUCUAUAAGGCACUGAAAGGAUUGCAGGAAAGUCGAGAGCAGGAGUAUCAUUGCAUAUCCAAGGAGAGUGUCUUGACUUUAGAAACGCAGCUGAAGAAGAGUCCCAGCAGUAGUUUGGAUCAAAUCCAGAAUCUAAGUGAUGUUAGCGAAGAUUUGAUAGAAGUUAAAAAUGCCAAUGGAAAGAUUUUAUAUGUGGAAGAUACUAAGAGUGAAAAUUCCACGGAAACUUUGGUUUGCGAAACUGAAUCGCCAACGCGAGAGGAUGAACAGUCUGUGAUAGCCAUGUUGGAUUAUGUCCUGGAAGCGGAGGAUAUACAACAAAGUCAACAGGAGUUGGAUCUGCAACAGCAGAUGAUUUUCGAGAGGCAUUUCAGCAUGGAUUCUGAGAUGUAUCCCAGUGUCAUAGAAACGGUCAUCGUGGCCACCGUUCAUAGCAGCAGCGAUGAUGAUGAAGUCCAAAAUGGUAAUCCCCUGAAGUUGAGUAAAUAUGAGGAAUGCAAAUUAGUGGCCCAUCAAAUGCUGGAGGAGCUAUUCAAUAGCGAGGCUUUCUACGAACAGUUGGUGAUGGUUAAGGCCAAAAAGGUUGUCCUGGUGAAAGAGGCGAACGACGGUGAAUCUGUGAAAGACUUCGAAGACCAAAAGCCUGUUUUUAUGCGACAACGUUUACCAUCGCAGGCCUCCCUGCAAUCCCAGGCAUCCGCCAUUGAGGAUCCUUUGCAUUCGGCCAAGUUUAAAGACCGUUUAAGCCACCUCAUUAUGAAUGCCAAUGCCCAGCAGGUUAGAGGAGUGGCAAAGAGGUCCGAAGAGGAAGUCGAGGCAGAGGAGCAGGUGAAGCAGGCACAGGUUGAGGAGCCCAAAGCAAGGCCGUUGCUAAAGCAAUCGAAAAGUGAAACCGAUGUUCGUCGCUUAAUGCUCAAGGCCAUCAGUGAGCUGAAAAUCGACCAUAAUGAGACUGGUAAUGCUGAUGAGGUCCUCACAGAAGUGCCCACCACCCCCGGAAGCUCCUCAACAUCACGAGUUCCAGUUUCUGUUACCAUUUCUAAUGCAGUGGAUGCAGGUGGCAACAACAUACCGCGUCCACCGAAAUUCGAUCCGGUUCUGUACAAGACCAUCAACAGCAUUAGUUUGCGCAAAGAGCGACCCAGUUUGAGUCGACAGCAUAUCGUGGAUGCCAAGAACCCGUCGUUUUUGCCACCGGAAUCGCAGCCGGAGACGCAUCCGGAUCCUGGUGAGCAACCGGAGUCGGAGCCGUUGCCAUUCAAAGCCAAAUUGGAGGCCAUAUUGCAGCGGGGUCCCUCGCACCGUACCCAACAACAUCCGGAAUUGGUGCGUCGCCAACGUCCGCAGUCCACCUACAUAGAAGUGGAAGAGGUGGAAAGCUGAGGGGUGACUCUACACAUCCAUACCAUACCCUCUUUUCUGUACAUUAUGGAAUACCAAAGCCCCAAAACCCAACCCCCACCCCUGGUGAAACCAAAGAGGGUGCCAUUUUCCCCCCAGUUAAAAGUAGUUAAAUCCUGCAUUUGAAUAGGAAUGCAAAUGUGGGUUGUGUUGUACAUAUCUAGCAUAGCUGUAGUUACUAGUAGUUACUAGUUAGUACGGAAUUCAAGCAAUCCUAGCUGAUAAGUACCAGGUGGAUUGUGAGGGACCAUAGAGAUUCCCUGUUAAUUAAAUCUUAAGAGUUCUUAGCAAGUGAACUAAGCUGUUAAGUUGCACAAAAGUGCUGCAAAUAAAGACAAUAUUCAUAUAGAUUAAACUAAUCACAGUCUCAAUCCCUCACAAUUACCCCAUAAAUUAACAUGCAUGCCAAGCUAACUCCAGACUAGUCUUUAAAGUAUUAAAUAAAAAAGGUAUUAUAAAUGUCAAAACUAAGUGCAUGCCUAAGAUAUUUCUAAGCUACGUAAACUAAUCGGUUCUUUAAUCGUAUAGGACUAUCCAUAUACUUUUUCUAUGGACUGCCCAACAGCUACCGGGAAAUGAAACGACAAAGGGCUGGCUGGCAGAAGCUCAAAUAUAGCGAUCGACUCUAA